CCGAAGCCAGCCAGCAUCUUUAGGAACAGGUGCACACAAGCUGCCCUCACUAAGUGAAUUCAUGGCAUCUUUCUCCAAAUCAUCAUCAAAGGCUGGCACUGGCGUGGGGGGCGGCGGCUGGUCAAAGGCAAAGCACCAGGCUGUUGGGGGAGGUGGAUCUACCUUGGAGAGGAUAGCACAAAUCGAGCUAGAGAUUUCCCGGACGCAGAAGAACAAGGCAACUGCAAAGCACCUGGGCGAGCUCAAAGCAAAGCUCUGCAAGCUGAAGCGUGAUUUGCUGGAACCUUCUGGGGGAGGCGGCGGAAAGAUCGCCGGCUUUGAGGUGCAGAAGAUCGGAGAUGCCCGCAUCGGGCUGGUGGGCUUCCCCUCGGUGGGCAAGUCCUCGCUGCUUACGGCACUCACCGGCGUCCAGUCGGAGGCUGCAGCUUAUGAGUUCACAACUCUUACGUGCAUACCUGGCGUGAUCUACUACAACGAUGUGAGGAUCCAGCUUUUGGACCUCCCUGGCUUGAUCGUAGGCGCCUCAACGGGCAAAGGCCGUGGACGUCAGGUCAUCGCUACUGCAAAGUCCUGCGACAUCAUUCUCAUGGUCCUGGAUCCUACAAAGGAUGACUCCCAAAAAGAGAUGCUGACAAAGGAGUUAGAAAAUGUGGGCAUCCGCCUGAAUCGGAAGCCCCCAGAUGUAUCAGUGAGACCAACAAAGGGAGGAGGAGUGAAAUUUCAAUCAACCGUCCCAUUGAACCACUUCGAUGAGGAAGUUUGUGUCACGGUGCUGAAGCAGUACAAGAUACACAGUGCAGACGUGCUGGUGAAGGAGGACAUCACUGUCGAUGACUUCAUAGAUGUGAUUGACGGCAAUCGCAAGUAUUGCAAGUGCAUUUAUGUCUACAACAAGACGAUUGACCUUCUAAAGCUGGAGGAGAUCGAUGAGAUCGCCAGAAGACCCCAGUCUGUGGUUGUCUCGGUUCGGAACAAGUGGAACUACGACUAUCUUCUCCGCAGACUAUGGGAUGAGAUGGAGAUCGUCAGGGUAUUCACAAAGAAGAAAGGUCAGUUUCCAGACUUCUCUGAUCCCCUGAUUCUAACACCUCAGCGAGGGAACAGGCAGUUCAAUGUCGAGAAUGCAGUCCAGCUAUUGCAUAAAUCUUUGCUGGAAGACUUCAAGAACGCACUGGUGUGGGGCAGCAGCGUGAAGCAGUCUCCACAGGUUUGCGGCAGAGAUCAUAUCCUGCAUGACGAGGACGUGAUCCAGAUAGUAAAGCUUACCCAGGCGGAGAAAGCCAAAGCCUUACACGGCAAGAAGACAGGAACCACAAUUGCUGGCUCCAACAUCAAGGUCGACCCGAAGAAAAAAGAGGAGAAAGCACCAAAGAGCUGAACAGCGAGCUUUCUGCCAUUCUAACACCUUAUUUGGUUUGGGCUAGUCUACAGUCCGUUGCGCCCGUUGCGCGCAAGCGAAGAUGACUUUGCCCUAGGUUUUAAAAGUCUCACGGCGCGUGGGAUACAUGCGUGCCUUUCUCAGAGCCUUUCUCCAUGUUGUUGGAGGUCUGCGAUCAUGGGUUCUUUGAA